AUGGAUUCCACGCUCACAAAUUCUGCAACGCAAUGGAGCACGCAACGAAAUGGGGGCCUAUGGCGCCCGAGUUCUCUAAUUAGUUUGUCUAAAUUGAGUAGCAGUUCUAUUGUGGAUUCAACUCUAUCAAAAAUAAAAGCUAAAAAGUUCGAACGUAAUUGGGAUACCAUCGUUAAUAUAGUGUUAGUUGAAGCCAAACAUCUUCCACCAGUUCCUGAUGAUGGAAUAUGUCAUAGUUUAUACUGUAAACUAGGGUUAGGAUCGGAAUGGUUUAGAUCCAAAAGUGUUCCGAGCAGUCAGAAUCCAAAGUGGAAAGAAAGCUUUCGACUACAUGUCUACCAACACUAUGUAUUGAAUAUAUCUAUAACAGAUAAAGGAAAAAUGGAAAACUCUAUGGGCAGUUGUAUUUUAGAUCUGUCUAAGUACGAGAAAGAGCGCACACACGAGAUUUGGCAACAGCUAGAUGAUGGAUACGGAAUGCUACAUAUUUCAAUUACGAUGUGUGCCAUCCGCUCGUCAGAAACUACUAGCAACUGCUUGGUGGAUCUACGAGAUUUUGUUAAGAGUAAUAAAAUCUUAAAUGAUCCAUACGAGUGGGCUGUAGUGGGAAAUUUAUAUGUGAACGUUAUUGGAGCUAAAGGCUUAAUCAGUAAACCAAAAGCAUACUGCACUUUGGAAAUCGAUAACGAGAAAGUUGAGACUAAUCGCGUCAGCCCGAGCUCGGAACCGAAAUGGAACAAAUGCUACAUUUUUAAAAUUUACGACGUAACAUCAACUCUCGAUAUAAAAGUUUACGAUAGCUCGCUGAAGAAUGCACUUUUAAAUAAGUCGAUAGGGAAAGUGUCAAUACCACUACUCAGGAUAAGCAAUGAUUUGAUCCGGUGGUACGCUUUGAAAGACAGUAGAAAACGGAGUAAUGCGAAGGGAAACUGUCCAAGGAUACAACUCCAGAUGUCUUUAGCUUGGAAUCCAGUAAAAGCGACCGUGAAAUUAUUUCAAGCCAAAGAGGUGAAAUAUACAAAGAAGCCACCAAAAUUCGACCUUGCACUAGUCUAUAAAAAUACAAAAUACGUAUCAGAUCUUUUUAAUCUGGCUGCAGAAGUAAAUGAAUAUUAUAAGUGCGUCUUUGAAUGGGAUGAUAGAGAAUACUCUUUUUGUAUACUCGUCGGAUGGCUGGUUUUCUGUUAUUAUGUCAGGCUGUGGAAUAUUCCUCUCCUAGUCUUAAUACCUUUCUCUUAUCAAUGGAUUUUUGGUCGCCAUCGAGAUAACGUGUACAUUGUACAGGAUUGCGCCAACGAUGACGAAACUAAGGAAGAAAAGACUGUGGGUGGAAGAAUACAGGACUUACAGAAAAUGACGAUUACUAUUACAAAUGGGAUAGAGUUUAUCGUGUCUUAUAUUGAAAGACUUAAUAAUUUAUUAACCUUCAAAGUUCCGUUCUUAAGCUACGUUGCAAUGACUAUACUGUUAGCAGCAUCCGUCGCAUUGUAUUAUAUCCCAUUUAAUUACUUCCUGAUGAUUUUAGGAAUUUACAAAUUUGCGAGAAAAUAUUUAAACCCAGACAGAGAGUUAAAUAAUGAUUUAAUUGACUUCCUUUCAAGAGUACCGGACAAUAUUAUAUUGGUAACUUAUUUCAGUCUCUACAUUAUUACUUACAACUAGAGAAUAACUUAUUUAUAAAUAUUACCUCUAAAGUUUAUAACUACUUACUGAGUACCUAAUCGAUAUACAUAAUAUUUAAUUCGAAUGCAAUAUUAAUCACAGUCUUGGUAACUAAGUAAUUUGAAAACAGAAAAGCAACCAUAUCUGACUAUCAACAGAGUAACUAAUCAAUAAUCACUAUACAUCUUAUACCUUGAUUUGUUUUCUUUUUCAUAAACUAAAGUUAUUGUACAUGUGUUUUUGUUUGUCUUAUUAUUAAAUGAGUUACUAAGAAUAUAUGGUCUAAG